UUGACAGCGUAUUGUUACAGGGCGAUAGAAGUGCUCACGGAAUUAUGUGACGCCUUUCAAGAUGGAUUAGUAUCGGGGGAUCUGUGUAAUAGGUUAUGUUACUAUAGGGAUUGGAAAGUGACAGAUUACUAUGAAGGACACAAGGUUGUAUUGGUCCUGAAAGAUGGCGGGCAAACAGCCGUGUUGAAGAGUAUCCAUCCUUCAAUGAGCGAUUUUUCUCGACUUGAUCGAAAACUUUCCUAUGAUGAGUUUUCGGACAAGGUACUAGCGCUGAUAAAUGACGAAUUACGUCUCGGUUGGCCGCGUCAUUAUAAAAAGCAUUUGAUGGAAACUCUUUGGCCCACGCUGAGAAGAACGCCGGGUGAACAAAUGUCUGCAGUUGAUCGAGAGUCUUUGUGGACAUUAUUGCAGCAGCCAGAGUUUAUUCUGUUUCGUGUUCUGCCUUUAACUCGGAUUAUCGGUACAUGUGGUCAAUUUUACUCUAGUGAAGCUCUUGUUGCAUUCCGAAUGAAAGGGUACUACAUGAAUCUCAAGGGGAAAAUUCUGGUGCACAUCAUGGGAACGCUCAAAUUAUUCCACGAAUUCAUC